CAAAGUUCACCCUGCUGUCAAGUGGUUUUUGGCAAUCGGACAGUGCAGUUCGUGUUCAGAAACAGAGAAUAAUAACUCACAGGGAUGUCUUUGUCUUUCGAGGGAAGAGUCGUGCUUGUCACCGGGGCUGGAGGAGGCCUUGGCAGAGACUAUGCACUGGCUUUUGCUGAAAGAGGCGCCUCAGUUGUAGUGAAUGACCUUGGGGGACACAUGAAAGGGGGUGGAAAGAGUUCUGCAGCUGCUGAUAAGGUGGUGGAGGAGAUAAGAGCGAAGGGAGGCAAGGCCGUGGCAAACUAUGAUUCUGUAGAGGAUGGAGAAAAACUGAUCCAGUCAGCACUGGAUGCAUUUGGAAGAAUAGAUAUUGUUGUGAACAAUGCUGGGAUCCUCCGUGACCGAUCGUUUGCCAGGACGAGCGAUUUGGACUGGGACCUGAUACAAAGAGUUCACUUGAGAGGCUCCUUCCUGGUGACUCGAGCUGCCUGGAACCAUAUGAAAACCCAAAAGUUUGGCAGAAUCAUCAUGACGACUUCAGCCGCGGGAAUCUAUGGAAACUUCGGCCAGGCCAACUACAGCGCUGCCAAGCUGGGCAUGCUGGGGCUGUCAAACACCUUGGCCAUCGAGGGACGCAAGUACAACAUCCACUGCAACACUAUUGCUCCUGUUGCCGGGUCACGCCUCACAGAAACUAUCAUGCCCCCAGAACUUGUGGCGUCUCUGAAGUCUGAGUAUGUUGCUCCCUUGGUCCUCUGGCUCUGUCAUGAACAGUGCCAAGAAAAUGGAUCGCUGUUUGAGGUUGGUGGAGGCUGGGUUGGUAAAUUGCGCUGGGAGCGUUCUCUGGGUCGCACUGUGAGACAGAAGAACCAAGCCAUGACUCCUGAGGCUGUCAGGGACCAGUGGGACAAAAUCUGUGAUUUCACAGAUGCCACCAAGCCAACCAGUGUAGGAGAGUCUCUGCAGUCAGUCGUGGCCGUGCUGUCUCAAGUGGAGUCGGGGGGAGAAGUCGGUAUGAAUCCAACAGCUGCUGCAGCCUCGGCCUCUGGGAUCAAUCCUGCUGAGGCAGUCGGACAAAAAUUACCACCGACCACGUUCACCUUCACCCACACCCAGUGUAUCCUCUAUGCGCUGGGGGUGGGCAUGUCCACCAAGGACCCGGACCACCUGAGGUUCCUGUAUGAGGGCCAUGAAGACUUCAGCUGCCUCCCUUCCUUCGGGGUCAUUCCCUCCCAGGCAGCCAUGAUGGAAGGCGGGCUGAGCUCGCUCCCUGGACUCAACAUAGACCUCACACAGGUAUUGCAUGGAGAGCAGUAUCUGGAGCUCUUCAAACCUUUACCAACCUCAGGUACACUUAGAUCUGAGAGCAGCAUCGCAGACGUGCUGGACAAAGGAUCUGGAGCCGUCAUCCUCUUGGAUGUGAACACCUACUGCGGCGGCGAGCUGAUCUGCUACAAUCAGUUUUCGGUGUUUGUGGUCGGAGCUGGAGGCUUCGGAGGGAAGAGAACCUCCAAUAAAGCUGUGGCUCCUCUGCCUCCACCUAAACGGGCACCAGAUGCUGUGAUGAUUGAUUCCACCACAAGAGACCAAGCAGCCUUGUACCGGUUGAGUGGAGACUGGAACCCUCUUCAUAUAGACCCCAGCUUUGCUGCCAUGGGAGGCUUCAAGGCUCCCAUCCUGCAUGGCUUGUGCUCCUUCGGCUUCGCAGCGAGACAUGUCCUCAAGCAGUUUGCCGGCAACGACCCGUCCAGAUUCAAGGCUAUCAAGGUUCGCUUUGCAAAGCCAGUGAUGCCGGGUCAGUCACUGCAGACUGAGAUGUGGAAGGAAGGCAACAGAAUUCACAUCCAGUGCAGAGUGAAGGAGACUGGUGAUGUUGUGCUGACUGGGGCCUAUGUGGAUUUACACGGUGCACCGGAGGCUUCUCCAGAAAGUCUCACUCAAGGAGAGGGCCUUCAGAGUGAGCUGGUGUUCGCAGAGAUCGGCCGUCGUAUUAAAGACUCGGGCUCAGAGCUGGUCAACAAAGUGAACGCUGUGUUCGGCUGGGAGAUUACCAAAGAUGGGAAGAACGCUGCACAGUGGACCAUUGAUCUGAAGAACGGCAGCGGCUCUCUGCACAAAGGCCCUUACACCGGGAAGGCAGAUGUGACCUUCACCGUGUCAGAUGAAGACUUCAUGACGGUGGUGCAGGGGAAACUUGACCCUCAGAAGGCAUUCUUCUCUGGCAAGCUGAAGGUUAGAGGGAACAUCAUGCUGAGUCAGAAGCUGGAGGUCAUCCUGAAGGACUACGCCAAGCUGUGAGCUGCUCAGCCAGCCAUUCAGAUGAUAACCAACCUACCAGCUCUCUCCGUCUGCCUGCUGCUCUUCUCCUGAUUCAUGCGUGUGUGCAGACAUGCUUUCACCCAGUGAGAUUAAUACUGCUUCAGAAUGAAAUCUGUCAUGUAAAUUAACUUUCACUGAAGUCAUCAAAUGUACAAACACUCAACAAGGUUUUGAUGGCCGGAGAGAGGAAGCUUUGGUCCGUCCCGCUUUAAUGUGCACUUAACACAUCUGCCUUUAAAAACCAAACUGAUAAUUGAGACAUUUCAUUCAAUUUUACUUCUUUUCAAUAAUAUAUUAGGAGAAAUAAGAGCAUCAAUGUCCUGGAUGAAAUUGUUAGGGGUUUCAUUACAUUAUGACUAAUUCCCAGUCUGAUCAUUCAGAAACCGUUGUAUGAAAAUGAUCUCAACAUAACCUUUUAUCACAUGUAUAAUACUGUAGAGUUUACAAGUUAUGAGAAAUAUUGAUUUUCACUUCAUUUUUAAUGUCAGUUGUGCUAUUGUAAAGAAAUCGUUACUCUUCUAUGAAAAUAAAUAAAUCAGACUAAAAGCUUG